AUGACGACGACGGCCAUGGGUUUACUAUUCAAGAAUUACAAAGAACUAUUCUUCGAGCGACGAGAUGAACGAAGCGCCCAACUUCCUUUAGCUGGAUCACCAAUACUGAUUGUAGGAUUAGUAGUUGCUUACCUAUAUUUUGUACUACGAUGGGGCCCACGCUACAUGUCUAAUCGUAAACCAUACGAUCUUCGAAAUGUGAUCAAGGCAUACAAUCUAUUUCAAGUCAUUGCCAAUAGCAUUCUGUUCCUGCGAAUCUUUUAUAAUGUGUUUGUGCAGUACAAUGAAUUUUCAUUUCAUUGCCAAUUGAUCGACUACUCAAGAUCACAGCGAGGGAUGGAUGAAGUAUUUUUCAGUUACGCAUACUUCGGGCUUAAACUUCUGGAUCUGGCCGAUACGGUGUUCUUCGUCCUGCGCAAAAAGCAAUCACAUGUUUCAUUUCUGCAUGUCUAUCACCACUCACUAAUGGUGAUUACUACCUAUUGUGCACUUACUUUUGUUCCUGGUGGUCAUGUUCUUAUGCUAGGCCUAUGGAACACGCUUGUCCAUGCAGUCAUGUACUUCUACUACUUCCUCACAUCAUUGGGAACAACGAAAAACAACAUUUGGUGGAAACAACAUCUUACUCGGCUACAACUUAUUCAAUUUAUACAUAUCGCUUUCCAUUUUGGGCGUCCACUUUUGUCGGGUGACUGCCAAUUUCCAACAUUUUGGUUAUGGUAUGGCUUCUUACAGGCCAUUUUUGUACUAGCAUUGUUUCUCGAUUUUUAUCUUAAAGCAUACAGCAGCCAUCAAAGAAAGGGCAUAUCAAUUUAUAAGCAGCAUAAAACUUGUUAA